AUGCCAACCCGGACUUCACCAAGACAGCAUAGAAGUUAUGACGACCUCCGACAACAGCAACCGUCUGCUUGGACCAGUGCCAACCGUCCUGCGGCCACACAGCCUGCUCAAGCUGCACGCACUUCUCCCUACCAGUCGGCGGCACAGCUUUCUCGGACCAAGAGUCGGCAGAGCAACCGAUCUCAGACCUCUGUGAACAAUGCCUCGCGCCAGCCUCAGCCGACGCAGUCAGUGACAAAUACCUCGGGUUACUCUGCUACUCAGUCCUCACAGCAGACAACUCAGCCAGAUUCGAUGUCGACCUCGACACAGGGCUACAACUACAACCAGUACUCGAACACUGCCAGCGCAAGUGCUUCAAGAGCCGAUUCGUCUAAUGACCGCAUAGGCUACCAGCCCUAUUCCAGCACACCGGCAGCGCCAAGUACGAACACGACCUCCUUCUCCAACUUUGACAAGGCGCUCGAGAAUUAUAACCGAACAAACCACAUGACCUCAUCAACCAGUCAUUCAACACCGGUAUCCCAGAAUGUAGCCUCCUCUUACACCACAACGGCAGAUGUCACACCCAGCGCUUCCCAAUGGGGAACUACUUCGACUUCUCAGACCCGGAACUCUCACAACUACAACACCAAUCAAUCUGCUUCCAGCAACAACUCUUACACCCAACAAUCUCAGGCAGUUCAGGGGUUUAACAUGCGUCCUCAGCCGCCGACAAUGCAGACUAGGAGCUCAACGGCGACGUAUGCGCAGCAAUCUCAGCAGCAUAACCAGCAGCAGACACAGCGUCAUCAGCAGCAACAGCAGCACACCCAACAACCGCAACAACAAACCCAGCAGCAUCAACAACAGAGUUAUAAUACGUACUCUAACCAACCGCAGCAGCAUACGAGUAACAAUCAGCAGCAGAAUUGGUAUGGUUUUCAGAGUGGGAAUAAUGCCUCGUCGGCGUACAGCUCUGCGACUGCGGCGGCGGCUGGUGGGAGCGGGGGUUACUCGGGAAGUGGGGGAAGUCAUGCGCAUGGGGGAGGUCAUGGGGGAGAAAGUCAUGGGCAGCAGCAUCGGUCGAUGAAUUUGUCGAGUCAUACUUAUAGCAGUAUUGAUGGGGGGGAGCAGGCGUUGUAUGAUUUGUUGAAAAAUAAUCCUACAGGGUAG